AUGGGUAAGACACCGCCGAGCUACAUCGCCGUCUACUUUAUGGCUGUGGGUUCCGGCUGGCUCUAUCUCCUGAUGACGGUGUGGCUGAGCAUGUACGCCUCGAUCAGUUCUCACAGCCUUGGUGUUCGGCUCCGCACGAGAUACGUGCGGCUGCCAAUCCCGAGCCUGCGGCAGCUCUACGGCAUCUCUUCCUCUCUGCAAGACUUCGAGCAGCAAGGCUUCCAGAAGAUGUUCCGGCUACCCUUUGGACCACAAGGCACCCCGCAGUGGGAUCGAAAUAAUCGACCCCCCGGUGUCGCUCCAGGGCCGUCGCAGGCUACAUCGUCCCAGGCUGCACCUGGGCAAGCACCGCAAACCCCAUUGCGGGUGCCCUUCGCCGUGCCUUUCGCUCCACCUGCGGAGGGUCCUUCCGGCGACAGAGCGCUGCGCCGCGGGGGCUCCAUGUCCUCCACGGGCUCAGAGGACCUCUUAGGCCUUGGCGAAGCUGGCUUUGGCCGUGAGCAGGUGCUUGAACGCGCUGUGGAGACGUCAGCCCCGGCACAGCACGUGCAGAUGUUCCGAAAGCUUCAGUCCAUGUGGCAGUGCUUCGAUGCAUACGCACGUGUCAGCAUGAGCCUGGGCGUGCACCAAAUCGUCCAGGCGAUCAAUCUUUUCGUCUUGGGCCUGACAUUGGUUGAGACGCAUUGUCCCUCGGUGGCCAUCGCGAUCACCCUCGCGUUGCAGGCGGUUGCUUUCUCCUUGACCUUCAUGGACGUCGCCGGCCUUCACCGGUGGCAGUGGGCCGGAAUGCUGGUGAUUUCAAGCGGGUGUGCAGUCACAACGGUCUUCUCCUUGAUGUUCGCGAAGCUGACGGCUGAGAACAUGCCCGACAUCACGAAGCCGUUCCCCCUCGCUCCGAUUGGCUAUUUAUUUCAGGUGGUCUAUUUCCAGCUGAUCUUGGAACUCGCCAGGCCGACGGACGAGAUCAUGUCCUUGCCCAGGAGAUUUCGGGCAGUCUUGUUCACGGACGUCUUCGGUGACUCGAGCUACGAUCCGACGGAUGCGGAGCAUGCUCUGCCUCCAGAACCCGGGAGGCCGGGGCAGAUGCAGCGCAUGGCCCAGGACAAGGCGCUGGCCACGUGUGAUAACCUCUCGGCAAUGGCGCAGAUGGCUCUUCGUCGUUGGGAGGCGCUUCCACAGCCACACUUGAGUGACGAGGACCAGGCCGUCCUCGAGCAGAAAAGGAAGGAGUACACGCUGUCACGAAAGGCGCUGAUGGCACACCUUGUGGAACUCAAGCGUGAACAGGGAGUUCCCUUCGAUCCGGAGGACCGCGAUCGGCUUGAGUUGAAGUCAUGGAGCGAGCUCAAUGACGUCGAGAAGGCCGAAGACGUCUUUGCCGGUUAUGUCAUUGGCCCGAUGCAGCUCUCUACUGGCAAGUCGCAGCUCUACUUCUAUGACUUGGAAACAGGCGAGUGCAUCUAUGACCGCCCAGGGCGUCGACCGCUGCUCACGCUUGAUGAUGUGUCCGACCAUGUCAGCAAAUUCGCCCGAGCUGUCCGGAGAGUGUUCUCCGAUGCACAGCAGGCUGCCGAGGGGUCCGAAGACGGCGAGUCUUCCCGGGGCGCGAGUCCAGGCCACAGUGCCGACGGCCUGGAGCCACAGGGUGGCCGUGGCCGGUCCAUUCAAAAGCGGGUGGCAAGGUCGAUGACGAUGCUCAUGGGAAAGACCCGACUACCAACACGGGUGGACAACCUGCCGUGGAAGGCGCUCAUGCGACUAACACAGGUUCUUCAAUGCUGCUGGAUCUUCCUGGCCGUUGCAGAAGCCUGUUGCAACUGGUUCCCCGACACGUUCGGGGCAGACCUGUUCCGCGUCAGUUGGUCAGGGGAUUCUGGCGAAAUCAAGGGGGACUGGCAUGGAGACCCCGAAGAGAAGUACUUGCACGAGUACGAGGAGCAUCUGCAACACGAAGAGCAUGCAGGCGAGCAUGAACAGCACGCGCACCAUGCAGAGCAUGGCGAAGGUGAACAUCAGACCGCUCCUGCAGAAGGAGAGCAUGCGUCACCAGCGUCGCCAUACGAAGGAGGCCAUCCGGUGAGCUACGAAGGAGAGCUCGUGCCGUUGCACGAAGGCGCAGCUUCGGAGCACGAAGGUGCCGGCCACCUGCGCCGGCUCCGCUCAGAGGCACCAGGGCGACCCUGGUGGCAACGUGCAACGGAGGUGAAGGCAACGUGGCCUCACGGCAUUUUCUUCCGUGCGGUGGCUCUGGCCAGCUUGCCUGAGUCCGGCCUGCUUGCCACUACGGCCUUCACGCUGUACAGAUCUUCCGAGCCACGCCUCGGACGGAGCCUCUCCUGGCAGGCCUUGCCGAGACCGGAGUUCCCAGCUUCGGCAGCCAUUUGCGAUGCCGGCAGAAAUGGGUCGCAAGAAGCGGCUUCCCGUUGCCUGAUGAUCGGGCCAAGGAGUGCGACUCCAGCCCUCGUCUUCUGGCCUUUCGGCUCCCCGGAAGCCGCCGUGGAACUUCCUCUUUCGCCAAGGUUGCCGCCAUGGAAGACUGCAGCAGGUGCGGCGCUGCCCUGCGAAAAACUGCAGUUCUUGGCGCAUGCGGAUGCGCAGCGGUGUUUGCUGCUGGCAGGUUGGGAUGAUGCUCGACUGCGAGUCGCUGUGGUGAAACUUCAAGACGGGGGCCUGCUGCCUUCGCCGGACGCGCAGGUGGCCGUGCGCUCUGAAGUGCCGCUGGGCAGCGGCUGUGGCAAGGCGCCGGAUGCCAUGCACGUGGAUGCUACAGGUCGGCUCUGGCUUUCGGAAGGUGGAGCCUUGGCGGCUUGGCACCUGCCCUCAGGUGCCUUCCUUGGCCGCUGGACUCCUUCCUGGCGAUCGUUCCGGCCGUCCGCCCUCUGCACUUGGGGGGGUCGCCUCCUCGUCGCCGGCGCCGCAGGAGCCGGCUUCGGAAGGCCUGCCUUGCUCAGCUUCAGGCCCAACCUGACGGAAAGCCAAAGCGCUCCGAAUUCCGAAUCGGCUUUAGGCGAGGGCUCUCCAAAAACAAGCCGAGUCCCAUGA